AUUAACUUUGUCUCUCUGUUUGAGAUGACCAAAACCUUAACAUCGGCAAGCUCUCCAGAGAUCCAGUCUCCACAGCCAUCUGUUUACGGCUAGCACUUCCAGCCACACAUGGCCCAACUGUAGCCACGUCUUUUCCCGAUCCAACGUGCGCUGUGCCACCACCCACCCAGCCGUCUUGCACACCACUGCUCUAGUCUAGCCAUCGUCCACGGUAAACAUAGCAAUCUCUCUCUCUCUGUCUCUCUCUCUCCAUUUGCUAUUUUCUUCUUUUUCAGACACCUGUGGCCAUACCCUCCCUCUGCCCGUCUGCGGUCUGUUGCUCUCCAAGAUUCCACCACGUCUUGGCUUCUCUCAGUUGCUGAUAUAAAUUUGAAGCAAGAAAAGAUUACCGUGAUGGAGAACAGUUCAAUGUAAAUUCUCUUCAGUGCCUUCUUGGAAUUUCAUUAUGUAAUAGCUAUGUGUUGUAGCCAAAUGUCCUAUUCUCUGCUUUGGGCGAUGAACUUCCAUCCCACAUCUGGAGGAACUCAGCUUGCUGCAGUUUCUGACAGCUUGAGAUUCAGAAGCCUGCGUGAAUAAAGGAAAAGGCCAUCAAGCAUCUGAGGACUUUGGACUUUUGAAGGAUGACGGUUUUAAAGCGGUAUGUGCUCCGAUUGUUCAUAUCAAUAAAGUACAUCACAGCGAAUGUCGUGGACAGAAAUAAUGGACGGAUAGUUGUAACAGCAUCAACAGUGGAACACGAUAUCAAGGGAUCACUUGAGUGUGGCCGGUCUUGCAAUGCCAAGGCUGCAGCAGUUGUUGGAGAGGUGCUGGCUAUGCGACUCAGGGUGGAGGGUCUUGAAGAGGGUCAGGGAAGAGGGAUUCAUGUUGAUGUUAACAAGGAAGUAGAAAAGAAAGGCUUUAAAAACCGUACCAAGAUAUGGGCCAUUGUCAAUGCUCUUAAAAGCAAUGGGAUCAAACUUAUUCUGGAUGAUAAGGAUGACAAUACUAGGUCAAAUUACUGAGAUGUUCCUUCCUUUUCUGGCUUCCCCGCCUAUAAUUUAUGGACAAGAUCUUUAUGAUUUUUCUCGUCUUUUCAAUUUUUUUUAUUCUAUUUACCAUCUGAAGACAGUCUCGUUACUCUGGAUUCUGGUUACCUUUGUGGAAGACUAAUGAAGCCAUCUGAGCUAUCAUUACUGAGCA